CGCUGGGGACAUGAUGACAUCAACUUCCAUCCUCUCCCUGGGAGAAGCAGGCAAGAAAAGCCUCAGCUCCAUCAUCAAGUGGUGGUCCAGAACUCAGUCAAAGAGAUGCAUUGUCAAGAUUCAGAGAGCCUCAGCUCCAUCAUCAAGUGGUGGUCCCAGAACUCAGUCAAAGAGAGGCAUUGUCAAGAUUCAGAGAGACACUGGUACAGGUAGGAGAAGUCUGAGGUUCAAGGAAGGACCAAAAGGAACGAAAGGACAGCCGUUCCGAAAGUGAAAAC